AUGAGAAUAAACAAAACUGUGACAAAAUAUGCCUUAGGUAUAUUAAGGAUAGAAUACACGGGAAACAUAGACUUCAUCAUCAAGGCAGAUCGACUACAUAUCAUGCAUGAUUUUAAGGCUGGAGUACCUCGCACCGCAUACAAAGGUGUAGUUACAUGCUUUACAAAUGGAGCUCGAUUAUUUCUGGUUCCUGACAGAAGAUACGUCAGGGAUUAUGAUAAACAAUGGGUGGUACCGAAAAAAUUCGGCGAUUGA